CUGAUGCUUUAGGCGUUAACGCUGUUCUGGCCGGUCCAUCUAACGUUCCACAAUUUGUACUUCUCACAGGUUUCUUUCAGAAUUCGAAGAAAGAAAGUUAUUUGCGUUUGUGUUUUCUUUUUCUUUUAACCCUUGAAUCCUUUAAUCCAGCUACAAUUUGAGUUGCCAACUGACGGAAACUUCGAUCCCUUCUUGUAUUCUUGUGCUUUACUGAAACCCUAAAUUUAGGUGAAAUAAGACAAACCCGAUCACAAUUACAUCCUGCAAAUCUGAACGUCUCAAAUCCAGGAGCUACAACUUCAAUUGGAGGAUUUUGAAUUUGAUUUAGGGUUUGUAGGUUCAGCGAUGGACAGUACAGUAGAUGCUCUUAAUAAGGCUUAUUUAGAAUUUGUUGGUGCGGCUGCUGGUGUUCUUGAAGCUAAGGAGGUAUCUGGUGGGUUAAAAACACCAAGCACAGAUGCUGCUUUAGAGAAUUUUAAGCAGCGGUGGGAAUUGUUUAGAGUGGCGUGUGAUCAAGCUGAGGAAUUUGUCGAAUCUGUGAAACAACGAAUAGGAUCGGAAUGUCUUGUUGAUGAAGCAACCGGUUCUUCAGUUACAGGGAAAUCUGGGCAAACUACCACUGGACUUCCACCUAUUAGUGCUGUUCGUUUGGAACAGAUGAGUAAGGCUGUAAGAUGGCUUGUAAUUGAACUCCAACAAGGUUCUGGUGCAUCGGCUGCAGCUGCUCAUACUCCAUCUUCUGUUCCUUUUGAUGCCCGGUUUUCUGAAGAUGCAGGCCAGUAGGUAGGAAUUCAGCAUGGUGAUUAUUGAGAGUUAAAACAUGCAUAGGAGAAUCUUUCAGAGUACUAAUGUAAGGCAAAAGACAUCCCUUAUUAUGCGAUGAUGGUUAGAAGUAUGGUUACGGUACAAAAAGUUGUUCGAGUGAUUAGCAUAGUGUUUGUUGUUAUGGAUAUAUCUGAGGAUCAAUGAUUGGGAGCAAUUUAUCACUCUGAACUUCCUAUAGGGUCUUGAAGCAACUCUUUUUUCUUGUUCCUCCAAAGAUUUGAGAAAUGAGAUCCAGAGCAAAAUUUGUAAUAG